GGGAAAGAUCCAACAAUGCGAGAGCGGACCACAAAACGACCAGAGCAAGAGUCUGAGCCCACACCCUACUAGACUACCUUUGCAUCGUUGCCCUGUCGCGAUGAAGCCUUCAAAUAGUGCCCCUUGGUUAUCCUCUACUGCCAGACACUUUCUUCUCUUGGCUUUGAUACUGUUAGUGCUCAGCGUUUCUACUAGUGCCGAUAAUAACAAUGAUGAGACUUGCUCACAGGAAGACGAUCAAACCUGUGUCUCCCCUCCCGACCCAACUACUACUACAACAACUCCGUCAUAUACUGCCUUUGACGAUGUCAGUUGGGCCGUCACAAGUCAGACCUUACGGUAUCCUCACCACCAAGAUCUGUACAAUCGAUACCUAUCUGCCUGUGAAAAGGACGCUUACUGCCUUCAAGGAGAAGAAUUUCGUCUCUAUCGCAACAAUCACCAACCUGGCUCCAUGGUCAAUUUCACUCAAGCGGGGUAUGCCAAAAUGAAGGCUCCCGCUCCAGUAUGGACAUUACUACACGACUUUUGGUUGCAAAACAAGGACGCUGCUGUUGCAAAAGAAACUACCGAAGUGUACACUCCGUCCAAUCUCUUGUUUGGAUCCUCCCCCGAUAUUGUCUCCUUACUCAACAAGACACUCGGUGGCACCAAGGCAUUGCGAAAACGCAUUUCCAACGCGGCACGUCCUAUAUUGGAAGAAUGGAGUGGACUGCGUUUGGCACCGUCGUCGGUUUAUGGCAUUCGCGUCUAUCGACGGCAUGCCAUGUUGCAUCCCCACGUCGAUCGCACCAACUUGGUCAUUUCCGCCAUUAUCAAUAUCGAUCAAGAUGUCCAAGAAGAUUGGCCACUCGAACUAUAUACCCAUCAACAACAAGGAGUGGCCGUCAAUAUAACAUUGAAACCUGGCGAAAUGAUUCUCUACGAAUCCGCCAGUGUCAUUCACGGACGGCCGUUUCCACUGGUGGGGAAUUUUUAUGCCAAUGCGUUUCUACAUUUUGAAGGCAUUGGUCCUUUGAAUGACUUGACGAAAUGCGGUCCCAACCAGGACGGUUUGCCACCCUACAUUGUGCCCGGAUCAUUUUGGGUAGACGAUUGGAAAAAGAGAAAUCCCAAAGGAUGGACACUGCUCGAUCCAUUCAAAGCGGUCGUGGCCGGCGAUAUUCGGACAUUGGAAUACUUGGCAUACAGCAAUCCACAAUCUCUGCUCGACAAGGAUUCAAAUGGGUGGACGCCUCUUCAUGAAGCUGCCAGGCAUGCGGCGGACAAUUUGGAUAUCGUAGACUUUUUGCUGCGGCAUGGGGCCAAUUUGCAGGAACGAACGGGUACAGACCAACAUGACGACAACAAGAAUGGCAAGCUCCCCUUGGAAAUUGCACGAGAGUUCUUGGGGAAGGACCAUCCCACGACCGUCUACUUGAUCAGCCGUACGCAAUUGACGGCGUGGUGAGCACAAAUGGAGGCGUAAUUGGUGGGGGAAUCAGUGUCUCGGGUGCAACGAAACGCCUCGUCGGCGACAUGAUACGUGGAACUUCCGAAGAGAAGGCAUGGUGAUUUCUGCGGGGAAGCAAUCUUUCUUAUGUAGUAAACGGUGCAAAAUACUAUAGCAGCGGGAUUAAUUCUACUUCGAUAUUUCUGGCUGAGUGUGACCACAAAACGUAUAGAGUGGCUGGCUGAAGCCAAGAUGUUUAUGUAUUUGAAGAACUUUCGCUCAAGCGUAAGAGAAUUAGGCGCAAAAGACAGAACUUUCCAAAGAGUAGUAAACGAAGCGGCUUUGGUGAGUUGGAGGUAGCAGAACUCAUGUUGAACUGGUGACCGGCCCCGCAUCCUUCAUGCGGCAGAAGUUAUGUGGACCACUCCAGGUAAUUGUUGUCUGCAAUAUUUUGGCUCUGCAAUUCACCCAAAAACUGUUGGGCUUUUGCUUUUACACUUUCUGCUGCAUGUUGGUGGGCACAGUCUCCCAAGCUCUUCUGAAGCCAGAAGAUGGCUUCUUUGUUAUUCACAGUCAUACCAUACCGUCCUUUUGCAAAGGCUUUUCCCAGCACAUAUGCAGCAUAAUCGGACCCAUUCUCUGCAGCCCGAGUGAGAUAGUGAAUCCCAAUUGGGAAAGAUUGCUCAACACCCCAUCCAUGCACACGACAUUGCCCAAGCAUAGCUGUUCCUUUUACAUUGCCAGCUUCAUGUGACUUUUUGUACCAUUGGUAGGCCAAGCUUUGGUCUUUUUCAAACCCAUCAAGUCCAUCAUCAUAGCGACGUGCUGCUGUGUACAUGGACUCACUGUCACCAUCAUUGGCUUUCUGUAGCAAAUUGUCCUUUUUCUGCAUUUGCUUGACUUUCUUGUUCCAAGCAUCCAGUGCAUCACCUUGAAUGGCUUCGUUCUCAACCAAAGUCUCAAUUAAGCCUUUUAUAUGUGGAACUGGAAGGAGGGUAUCAGCCAUAGGUGCAUUAGUGUAUGGGGACUUGAUUGGGGCACCAUUCUGCCGCUGGGUUGCAAAAUAUGUUUUGAUGGCCGCUGCUUCAUAUAUUCGGCCAUCUUGUGCUAUGAUAGGGACCCAAGGCAACUCUCUUGUGAUAGGGCAGAUGAGGUCAGCAGCAGGAUCUUUCUUUUGUCGCUUGUUUUUAGGUCGAAAUGAUAUGAAUGCUUGUACUGCGAGCAGUUCUCGCAGCCGUUUGCGAAGAGUAUUGGAGUUGCCCGUGACCGCGAGCCUGGCUCUACUACACUCAUUUCGGAGCUCCGUCAGUGAAAGUUCAUUGACCUCUGCACUCGUCAAUGAUGUCAUGGUUGACGUUGCUUUCUUUUGACAACAAUAACAAUGGCUAUUCUCCAGACGAAAGUCUAAAACAAUGUGCUCGUCUUUGGCUGCAGUUUGAGGAAAACCAAAACUCCUUCCUGCACGAUUGCGAUUGCGUAGUGCGAAGCUAUCAGCGUGGACAACGAACACACACCGACUAGUUUCGUACCGCAGGCGGGUAUCCCAGCAUGCUCGCUUUCGUUCUGCUUCUACGAAAGCUAGCACAAUCGAUGAGUAUGGUGGCUGUGAGACGAACAACGUUCAAAUCGUGUGAGCCUCCUCGUGUGCCGGAGUCCACGCAGCGAUGCCACAGCGAUGAAACAUGCCUGAAAAUAACCACGCCGGAAUACACGGUGAUGCCACAUUAGAGAUAGAGUUCAUUGGUGAGCGAUCUUCGACCAUUCUUUACUGGUACAGUACUUUUACGGUACCACUAGCUAGUAGUUAGUAGCCACUUACUC